GUCAAUUCCCGAUUAACUUUUAGAUCUAUACACAAAAUAAUAAUGACUCUGUAAAUUUAUACGUUUCUUCCCAUUGUAAAGCUGUUUUAAAUUGGCAACUUUGCUAAAUUGUAAAUUUCCCUACGAUGUUCCGUGCAUCAUGAUAAAAACUGCGCGAUCGGGUCUCUGGACCUGUUCAAGAUGUCUCCGACAAGCUGCUCCAGCUCGAGGGAGUCAAAGGCGUUUGCUCUCUUCCGCACCCGGCGCCGCCCAAGUCGAUUCCACCCAUAUACCCAUCGACCAUACUCCGCCAGAUUCAAAACAUGACGAUUCACUAUUACGCCGAAUAUUCGACUCACCACCGACUUUUAAAGACUUCGCGAAACCUUUAUUCAAAAUUGGGAGCCGCGAAAAUGUUGGCUUAUUCCGGAACAAGUACCUCACUUCGCCUCAGGGCUUCCUGACAUUCGCAGACGUCACGAUAAAAAGGGCCCAGAAGCUGGUUAAUAAGGUGCUGAAUGCAUCGACGUUGGAGGACUACAAGGCGCUUGUCCGAGACCUCGAUAGGUUGAGCGAUUUGUUAUGCCGAGUAUUGGAUGUUUCCGACUUCGUACGGGUUACCCACCCCGACGAGAAGAUACAAGCAGCCGCGUCCCAAGCCUGGUCGUUGGUAUACCAGUAUAUGAACCAAUUGAACACGACCACCGGUUUGAGCGACCAAUUAGGGAAGGCUCUGGACAAUCCCGAUGUGAUGGCUAGCUGGAAUGAAGAGGAGCAGACAGUUGCAAAGUUGCUGCAGCAAGAUUUCAUGAAGUCAGCAAUACAUCUUCCCAAGGACUCGCGGGACCAGUUCGUCGAUUUAUCUCAACAAAUUAGCGAGCUAGGAUCAUAUUUUGUCCAAGAUAUGCAACCUGAACAGAGAUUCCUCGAAUUCCCGAGUAGUCGAUUUUACGGUAUGAACCCGCAAAUAGCGAAGAGGUAUACUCGCGGAGGUGUUAUUCGUCUGCCAACAAUGUCACCUGAGGCGACAGUGGCGUUAAGGACCGUUCACGAUGAAGAUACGAGAAAAGCGAUCUACUAUGCCACCCGCACGGCCUCUAAUAGGUCGAUCCAAAUUCUAGAAGCCAUGCUCAGGUCGCGGGCCGAGCUUGCAAAGCUCUCAGGUUUUGAAAGUUAUAGCCAGCUGGCCCUUCACGACAAAAUGAUGGCAAAGACACCAGAAUCGGUACAUCAAUUCCUUCUUGCACUAUCCAAACACAACGCACCACUGGUUGAGGAAGAGGUGGCAGCUCUCCUUCGAGAGAAGGGUGCAAAACAGCAGUCUACAGCGACUGAUCUCCAUCCAUGGGAUAGAGAUUAUUAUAUGGAAAGCAUACGCUCGGCUAUGAGAUCACGACGGCGAAAUGAUGAUUUCCUAUCAGCCUAUUUUUCUCUUGGGACUGUCAUGCGGGGUCUUUCGCGGCUUUUCACCCGUUUAUACGGAAUCAGGUUGGUCCCUCGAGACACGCUGCCCGGAGAGACGUGGCAUUCAGAUGUAAGACGAUUAGAUGUCAUCUCUGAUACCGACGGACAUGUCGCAGUACUUUAUUGUGAUCUUUUCUACAGAGAGGAUAAGUCUCCCAAUCCCGCACAUUUUACAGUGCGUUGCUCUCGAGAAAUAUCGGAAGCCGAGAUUCAAGAAGUAGCAGAACAGAAGGCAGCUGGUGUCGAAGGAGUCCCUGAUUUCGAAUCGCUUAUUGAUGCAGCAAAUGACGGGAUGCAUGUAUCUCAUCAAUCUGGUUCGGUUAAACAAUUACCAACGAUUGCGUUGGUAUGUGAUUUCGAAGAGAACAAAGGUCGAAAUGGACCGGCCCUCUUAGAUUAUUAUCAAAUGGAAACACUUUUCCACGAGAUGGGACACGCCAUUCACUCGAUUCUGGCUCGCACUUCAUUACAGAAUGUCGCCGGAACCCGAUGUGCGACUGAUUUUGCAGAGCUGCCCUCAACUUUGAUGGAGCACUUUUGCGCAGAUCCAUCUGUGCUCGGUUUAUUCGCGCGACAUCACAUCACAGAUGAACCACUUCCAUAUGAAAUGGUCGUGGAUAAGCUUAACGUUGCUAGGAGGUUUGAGGCCUCAGACAGGGAGAAUCAAAUCAUUCUCGCUAUGCUAGACCAGCAAUACCAUUCAGCCCUACCAAGCCAAGGUAACUUCGAUUCGACGGAAAUUUACCUAGGUCUUCAGAAGAGAUUCGGGAAGCUUCCAUCUGAUCCACGAGGUACCAGAUGGCAAGGAUUCUUCGGCCAUUUAUUUGGCUACGGAAGUACAUACUAUAGUUACCUCUUCGACCAAGUGCUUUCCAGACGCGUGUGGCAGGUCGUUUUCUCAGCGGGCCAAAAUGGCGCUGCGCUUGAUCGGGAGAACGGCGAGAGACUAAAAGAAAAUCUGCUUAAAUGGGGUGGUAGCAGAGAUCCUUGGAGAUGUCUCUCAGACGCGCUACGGGAUGAACGUUUGGUUGAUGGAGAUGAGAAGGCUAUGAGGCUGGUGGGUAGUUGGGUCGAUAAGGACAACCCGCAUACCUAGCCAGUCGGAUAGCUUUAUUGUAUAUGAUUGCCUAGGUAGAUUUGUCUAGGACUAAUGGUGUGUAUAGCAAUAAUACCCCCAUCCAGCCAUUGGCAUUUUGUCUCUGAUACAUUUAUGUUGAUAUGGGCGACCAGUAUCGCGCCGCACCUAAACAGAGUCAAGCGUAUUUACUGUGAGUUGGUGAUGUUUCCCUCCUACACGCACCUAGGCGGCAAAUUGAGGAAAGAAGAGGGGAUUUCCGACUGCGAGUCCCUAAAGAUGCUGUUUCCCUAGAAUGAAAUUGGUUGCUAAUAUGCACGCUUGAACUAUCCUACACAUUAGCUACGUAAUAUGCGUAGCCCGUCGCUUCCCUUCAUCAUAUCGCAGUGGGCGCGAGUGAUAUCGUCCCUGCUGUUUCCUUCACAUCAACACAUGCUUCUUACCAGAUUUUCAAGUCGCAC